GGUUCGACCGCUGGGGGCAGCAGAGUCACUGUUUACAGGCAGGGAGCAGCUGGCUGCACGAGCUCCUAGCUGGUAGCGUGGAGUUGAAAGUGUAGAGAGACAGAGAGGAGGUCGCUGUAGUAGUUUACUGAAAAAGUUACACAAACUUGAGGGCGAACUAACUCGGCGUGUCUCCCUUACAUGGUGACAGUCUACAGACUCGGAGGUAACUAAACGUUGAUAUGAAACUGUCGUUUAUCGCCGAAAAAAGCAACAUUUAGCUCGGGCUCGCGGACUUCUGCAUGGUCGCUAGCUAGCUAACAGUUAGCUUCAGAAGCUACUCGGUUAGCUGGCUAGCGAGGUCCAGCCCAAAAGUUGUUUACCUCGAAGUUGUGGAUGUGGUCACCCCCUGGGCUUUUCGCGGAUUUUCUCCGGGACCAAAAUUUCCACACUGGAUUUAACACUGCGCGCUGUUAGGAAACUAGCAGGAUGUCCGCAGAGGUUGAUUCAGGUUUGACAGCAGCGGCGGCGGAGAAGAGCCAGAGCAGGUCCGAGGGGGCUCACCUGCAGAAAGAACCGACGGAAAAGGGGCCGAAAGGUGUGGAAAAGCAGCCGACAGACGUCCACAACAGCGAGGCGGCGAAGAGUCCGACAGACGUGCACAAGAAAUGCAAAGAAAACGAUAAAGAGAAUGACCAAAGCGGCUCCUCGGACCCGGCUGUGGAGACCGUGAAGAGGAAAGUUGUUGAAGCUCCUCCACCUAAAGUCAACCCGUGGACUAAGAGGACCACGGGGAGGGUGCCUAUCAACAAUGUCAACUCAAGCUCCCACGAGAAAGGUGAGAUAGUUUCAUUUUAACAUGUAUAAAAGCAGAUUUUUAUUCUGACUUCUUGUGUGUGUGUUCCUGCUCAGCUCUCUCUCCCACAGCAGGGUCCGAGCACGCCGUGGCAGCACUUUGACAGCUUCACUGCACGGUUAUCCACUUUAAUCCCCACUUUACGCGUCUGUUUGGGGACUUUUAAGAGUUGAAUGAAGUGCAUAAACUUGAAUGUCAGGGCAGCAGAGACGUGUUGACUGUUGCAUAUUUGCCCCAUCCCCCUCCGUACUCAGAUUGCUCUGAAGCACCACGUGUUGAUUGCUGACAACUGCUACUUCUUUUGCCUCAAACAUAGAGACUCUAAGAGAGCUCUUAACGCGUGUUUUUAGCUUUAAAGGGAUAAAGGUGGAGUGAGUGGGGUUUUUGAGGUGGAUAAAGGUGCAGAGGGGUCACAUUGAGGGUCUAAAUCAACUGUCUCAGGGCAAAAGGCUAAUGAGACAGCAGCAGGCAGGCUAACUGCUGCUGCUGCUGCUGCUGUAAAGACACGUUUUGCAUGUCCAAUGGCCUGGCUGCCUGCAGUUCCUCCCACCAGCCUGCUCACUACUGUCACCAGUGAAAGUAUGUGAACAAGGUGGCUGGACAGGUGGGGGAGUUAAGUGGGUUAAGACUUUGAACUAAUGGGAAUCUUUAUUACAGAGGAUGAGUCUAAUUGUUAUUUUUCUAGUGCCCUGUUUGAUAAAGUUACGACAGGAUUGGAAUGAAUGAUAAUGAAAGUGAAUGUAUCUGCCUCUUAAGUAAAACUCUUAAAUCAACUAAAAUACAAACAAUUUGCACGUUCUCAGACUUUAAAAGUCCCAAAUAAUCUCAUAUCCAGUCCUCAUGUUUUGGUCUGCAACCAUUGAUUAUUCAUCUUCUCUCACCAAAUUGUGUUGCAUACUCGCCAUUGACACAUGUCAUUGUAAUGAAUGAUAAUGAAAGUAAUGUAAUUAACUCUGAGUUAAAACUCUUAAAUCAGCAAAAAUACUUUGAAUUAAAAUUAGAGUUUGCAUUUUCUCAGACUUCAAAAAUCCCAAAUAAUCUCUUAUUCAGUCAUUGUGUUUAGGUCUGCGAUCAUUGAUUAUUCAUCUUCUCUCACCAAAUUGUUUUUCAAACUCGCCAUUGACACGUCACACGUAUGAGAGUUUUUAAAUUUACUAUAUUCAACCUUAAAUUUACUCUGAAGUGUCACUGAGAUUAAAAAUGUCCUUUACAAGACAGUUUUGUUGCUGUCACAAAAAACAGAGUGGACAGAACUUUAACACGUGGCUUUUACGAAACACGCACUUUAAUUGACACUUUCAUUAUAAUGCACUUAAAUUUAUGAAGAGAUAUGUCCAAAUUUCAGCUGUGAAAGUAUGUGAACAAGGUGGCUGGACAGGUGGAGGAGUUACGUGGGUUAAGACUUUAAACUAAUGAGAAUUUUUAUAACUGAGGAUGAGUCUAAUUGUUAUUUUUCUAGUGCCUCAAGUUAGCUGGUAAAUAAAAUUAUGGCAGGAUGGAAUGAAUGAUUAUGAAAGUGAAUGUAUCUGCCUCUUAAUUAAAAUUCUCAAUCAACAAAAAUACAAAAAUUGUUCAUUAAAAUGUCCAAAAAUCCCAAAUAAUCUCUCAUUCAGUCAUCAUGUUUUGGUCUUUGGUCAUACUCGCAAUCGACACAUGUCACACAUAUGAAAUAGUUUUUAAACUUAUUUUAAUUAACUUGUACUUUACCUACAAAUGUCCUAAAACUAAAAAUGUCCUUUACAAGACAGACUUGGAGCUGUCACAAAUAACACUGUGGACAAAACUUAAACAUGUGGCUUUUACGAAACAAAAAGACACACUUUUAUGGACAUUUUCGAUAUAAUACAAUUCCAAUAUCUGAGGAUGAGUCUAAUUGUUCGUUUUCUAGUACCUCAGGUUAGCUGUUUGAUAAAAUGAUUACAGGAUUUUAAUGAAUAGUAAUGUAGUAAUGUAAUCAGAAUGUCUCACUGAGACUAAAAAUGUCAUUUACAAGAGAGACUUGGAGCUGUCACAAAUAACACAGCGAACAAAACUUAAACACAUGGCUUUUACGAAACAAAAACAUACACUUUCGAGAUAACUAAUUUAGAUUUAUAAAGAGAGAUGUCCAAUUUCAGCUGUUCCACGACCAAGAAAACAGAUAUAUUGGAAAAAGUUGUAGCGUAAUUACAAAAAGCGACUUUGCUGUAGCUUAAGGAGACAACAGAAGGAAUGUUCUUUAAAGAGCACAAAACUUUAGAUUGAUAGUUUACGAUAUCUUAGAAAAUAAAAGAAUAUGAGAGAGGAGCGAGAGGCUGAAUGAAAGGACAUCUACCAAAUUGAAGAAAACAGAAGCUGUAUCAUGGUCAGAGCUUUGGCAAUGUGACAGGACUGGUUAAGUGAGAGGAAAACCAGGGAAGAGGAUCCUACACAGGUGUCGCUGUAAUUUCUGCGUUUGUGAUGAAUGCCAACAGACCGACACCACUACAGCCUCCUCGCGAUGCCAUUAAAAUGAUUAAUUUGCAUAACCAGCCUCCCCAGUAACCAGCCAGGAGUGUAAAGUCUUGGGGCAUUUCAUGAAAGCAUAAUACACAUUUUUACGAGGAGGAGGAUAAAAAGCUGCUGCAGUGAGUUUGACACUCUUGUUCACUCGGCUUAUCGUGAGGAGAUGGUUGUUUGGAAUCACCUGAGGCUCUGGGGGGAGCCAUGUUGACUCUGGUGACGACAGAGGGAUGUCGUCAAGGUAUUCCUGGUUUGAAGUUAAUAGGAAGCUAGAGUUUAUUAUUUCUAACUUUUAGUACAGGAAUGCAUCAUGGGAAGUGUAGGAUUAGUCGCUUCAUUCAUGCAAAAGUCUCAAAGUCAAGUUUUGGUCUUUCCUGCUUCAGUCUAAGUGCCCUUUAACUUUAUGGAAGUUCAAUCUGAACUGAUAAAACUCCCCUUUAAAAGCAGACGUUCAGAUAUCAGAUUCGUACCGGUACAUUUUCUGCAUAUCUUAUCACCCCGACUGAAUAAUCACCUGAUAGUUUCAUCGCCGAUUUAAUCGCUGAAACGGACACGUGAGAAUUUCUCCACAGAUUUAUUGUCGCGAUCACAUUUUGUUCAUUAGCGUCUGCAACAGUUGGCUCGGAGGUGAAGCAGCAGCUCUCCCUCUCUCUCUCUCUCUCUCUCGACUAAAAGUUGAGCAGUGAAAGUGUGUCAGAGAGCCAGGGGAGCUAUAUUUGAAGCAUUCGACUCUCCCAGCGAGCGCACAGGCAUCAUUUUACAGCGUUACUGUACGACCAGCUCUUGAGGGGUGGACGUCUGCGGGCUCGGCGGGGGGCAUACACCCAUUCAUGUCGAAGCCUCGGCCCCGCGUCUCUUAUCAAUCCGACCAUCCUCUGCAGAGCGAUAGGGACUGUCGGGCUGCAGCGGGCCACUCCCAGCCUGCAGAGAGAGAGACACACACAUGCAUACUGCCGCUGGCUGCACACAAAACACCCUCGACGAGUUCAGUCAUCUGGGGAAGGGGGGGAUAUUUAUUCAUCCUGUACUGACAGAAAUUCCCAAUGAGCAGAGCAUGCAUGAGUAAACUCCUCUUAAACUCCAGUGUUGAGCAAGCUCACUGGUGGUUUUGAGAUUCUUUCUAAAAGUUGGAUUUUAAUGAAGUAAGAUGACGUCUCUUCCUUUUAUUGAUUCUGUGUCUGCAGAUCAGCAAAACGCUCUCAAAGUGGUCCGUGCCAGCAAGCCCAGGACGAGAAAAUCCAGCAAGGUAAACCCCCUACUCUUUCUGUUUGUGUUCUCUUGAGUUUGUUUCAUCGUUAAUUUCUCCUCUCAGCGUCUUAAUUAAGCUGUAAGUCAAGCCCUGAGAGUCGGAUCUCGCCUCUUUCUCACCUUUUAAUGAGCGAACACGUUGGCUCUUUGAAGCCGAGAUGUCACAUGGAUCACAUGUUCAUAUUUCAGCGCCGCGAACUCCUGCCAGGUAUUGACACGCAGGAUGGGAAAAUUAACAUCUGCCACAAGUCAAACGUUUGCUGGUUCGAGCUGCCGACGGGCUGUUUUGUUUGCUUUUUUCCAACCAGUUUUUCCACUGCAGUUGUUUGAAAUAAAUGGCAGAAAGUCGACCAAAUAUUAAAAUAGUGAUUAAAUGUAUUCGGCUUUGUGUAGCAGCAGGAGAGAUGGAUGGAUGUGGGUGAAGUUUCUCCUCCUGAUCAUGAGUUUUUCAACCGUUUAACCAGCACUACGAAAUAAUCAAACUUGUGGACGUUUUCAUGUUUUAUGUGAAACAAAAACAGAGUAAACUUUCUCAUAUUUUUAUCGCCCAAACUAGAUCUGCUCUUUCCCCUCCCUACACUCUGUGAAAUCUGCCUCUGUCAGCGUCACGUUUCACCCCCUCAGACUCAGCUUUUUUAAGGACUGUAAUUUAUACUUUCUCAGUUUGUGGUAUUUAAAGAUUACAAACCCUCUCCGGGUCGUGUUGUGUGGAGUGUGUUUCGGAGAUUUGAUCUAUAGUCGGGUUUCUUUUUUGUGUAAGCGGGCACAUGAGGACACACCGGUGCCAAAAUCAGCAAUGAGUCAGCAAAGACUGAAAAGAGAAGGAAGAGCGCAGCCGGUAAUUAUCGACUCUGACUGGAUUUUGAAAAAGCUGCUUCUUCGUUCAUGUUGGAGUCGUAACAGCUCAGGGCCCGCUCUCAACACUUCUGGUUACAAACUCCCGACUGUAAACAAAGACUGUUGACAAAAAAUGAAGCUCCACGUUACUUUUAACUCUCAGGGACCCGAAUGUCAACAAAACUGGAGGAGAGUUUCUGAAUUAAAGAGUCGAGGAGGUUCAGCCAGGGCAGAAGUUUCUAGAAAUCUGCCUGAUGUGAAGUAAACAGCUAGUUGACAUAAUUUGACACGUGGCUCGUAACUAAUACCUGAGAUACUUAACCUGUGCCGACCCCGAGGGUGAACUCGAGAGUACUGUAAGAGGGUAGGGCUGAUCAGAGACAGGAGAAUAAGACAAUCAGGAGGACUUGGAGGUGUUUAUGUGUUUACUGUAAGAGAGGGGAAAGGUUUAAACAAAGUUCACAUGUCUGUGAAGCUCCGCAGCAAACCGAGAACGACGACUCUGAACGCUAAAACUAAGAAAGUUUAAUUCCCACACAGACGUUUUGUUCAGAGAGUAACUUUAACCCUCUUCUGCGUAACCUUGAUCUCGUAUCAGUCUGUCCAAAUUUACCAGAUUCACAGAGGUGGAAAGUGACAGGGCUUGUUUAUCGUUGUUGUUUGCAGUUCCCCCCACACAUCAGGAGCACUGACCUCCACCUCCUCCUCCUCCUUCUCCUACCCCGCUUGUUUCUACCAGAAAGACACUCAGCUCUCCCCUGACCCAAACUAACGAUAAAACCCCUCAAAUAAUCACAAGGAGGAGGAGAGAUGUGUUAAACUCAUAAAUCUUGAUGUUAAUGUUUAUUUUCUUUCUUCUCUGAUUUACAGUCGAGUGACUUCAGCGAUAUCACAAACUGGCCCACACCUGGUGAACUGGCCAAAGAGGUACGAGAAGACGAGGGUGUCUGUGACUAAGAGGGGUUCAAACAAACACAUUGAUGGGGCUGGAGAAGGAUUAGUAACCUGUUUACAGAUCAAUAUUCACAUGCUGUACCAUGUUUAAAAACUGUUAAAAUAGCUCAACAAUACAGUGAAGUAGAGACCAAAUGAGAGUAUAUAAUCGGGAUAUAUGUUGGUGUAAUGAAAACACAACCCAGUCUAGCUUUUGUUAAAUUUUGUGACAGCAACUGAACUGAAUCAAACAGCUCAAAAUUAUGCAAAUCCAAGCAUUAGUCUUUAAAUAUCUUCAUUAUGGACGAGCAAUAAUAAAUUCUUCCUCUGCAACUUCAACAAAUGAAACGUUCAGACCAGAAUCUGUCUUUGCACCGGGCUGCAAACAUGUUUAAUUCUGCAGAUUUGUUUUUUUUAAUUGUUGGUGUUAAUGGAGAGAUUUAACCUUGGGGACAAGUGAGGAACUGCAGUUUUUUUUAAACUGCAUUUGCAUCAUUUUUUCCCCGUUUGUUUUGAAAGCAUUGAAAUAAAUGUAAAACAGUUUACACAGUCGUAAAAGUUAACAUAGGAAAGCAGAAAAAAACCCUCUGUGGUUUAAAGGAACAGGAGAAUCCAUCAGUCAGAUUUCUGUAUUAAAAGACUCCCUUACUCACCCUUUAAUGAAGCUACGGUGGCCUUUGAGGACAAAAAGCUCCUCAUGCAUGAGUUUGAUCCUCCAUUUGUGCACAAUAAUAACAUCCGCUGAUUUUUCUUCUUCAUUCUUUGAGGGCAUUUCAGCCGCAACUCGCCGUUCUGUGCUUCUGUUUAUUUAUACAUUUAAAAAAUAUAUAAUUUUGAGCCUAAAGUUACUUUUUUAAAAUAUGUGAUUUGUUUACCAGACAGCCCGCUGAUCAAAACGGUUAAAAAUUAAACAAAAAUGUUGAAGUUCAAAAGUGAAGCAGCUUAAUCUCACUUGACAGAAUUAAUGCAUGGAGAUUUAAAACAAUUUAAUAUUUUCCUUUAAUUGUUUUAUUUGUCCUUUUAAUUCUCAUAUGACAAAAUCAACCAUAACUGAAGCUGCAGCGUCUCUUUGUCUGUAAAUGUAAAUGUGGAGGAGCAGAAGGAGAGAAAGUGUAAAUGUUGGAGCUCCACAGAAACGAGGCGAUUAACCUGCUUCUUUUUUUUUUUCUGAACAAACUGGUUUGAUCUCAGAAAAGUGUUUCUGAUUUCUGCUCACUAGAUGGAGCACAAAAAUCAUCCUGAGGACUUUGGGUCUAAAUCUGCAGUCUCACUUUUGACUUUGCUUUUUUAGGCUUAAAGGUGCAUUUCACAAAACACAGUCAGCUGAUGCACUGAAUCAAUAAUGGACACUUAAAAUCAAGAGGAAAGAGUUUGUUUAAACUUGAUUUGUUAGUGUUUUACUCUUCAAGAGUUCCGUUUUAAUCUUUAAAUAUACAUAUAUAUAUUUUAUUAUAUUAUUUUACCUUUAUGCACCAAAAACUCACCAAACCCAGACUCCAAAAUUUAAUAAUGAGCUUUCUGACCGUGUCAAUAAAAGCUGAACUUGUAGUAAAGCUGUUAAUGUUUGAUCAAAAAAUGAGUUUAUGACAUUUUAGCUGAUCAGUUUGUGUGCUCAAUAUUUUGUGUUGUAUUCCUUUAUUGUCAGAAAGUCCAAAUUUGUUGUUUAAAGUCAGAAUUUUUUUUUAAAAAGUUUGUUUUUUGGAAGAUCAGAAGUAAAAAAAGAGAAAAUGAGACGUGUUUUCACUCUUAUAAGAUCUUCAGUCUUUGAUUUUGUGGGUUUUUUUACCCUUUAUUUAUAGUUUUAUUUAAAAAAAGAAGGAACUGAAUUGUCUAAUAGUAAAAAAUUAAAUAAAAAUAUGAUUUAAUAAGAAACAAACAUGGAUGAAGACAGAGGGAUCCAGUCUUGCACACCCGCUCAAACUUCAUCGUUUUGUUUUCCAGCAACAACAAAACGUGCUCAACAACAACGGGAAGAAACCUCCUUCCUCACGCAGAGAGAAGGAGAAGAGGAGGGAGCGGCCCGACAGGAAAUCAGAGAGCAGCCACGACGGCGGCGAGAGCAAGGAGAACCAGGAGGCUCAGCCCGACCCGCUGGCAGAUCUGCCCAAAGACGGAGAGUCCAAGACGGGACAGGACGCCAAGAACUCGGGCCUGAAGAAGAGAGGAGGUGAGGGUGAGUUCUUCUGACCAGAAUCUGAUCGAUGCGCAGUUUUCUCCGACCACUGAAACGAAACUUUAUUUAGUUUUAUUCUUAAAUGCUUGAAUGAAGAUUGAAGAUGUGGAUUUCUGCAGAAUGAGAGAGAGAGAGCAUGCCAAUAACUUGAUUGAUCGUAGCUCUGAAUGACUGAUUUCUGCAUGCUGAUAAUCCUCCGUGUUGCACUUUUGCUGAUCCUCUCUGAGUGUUUGGUGGUUUAUGACUUACUCUGGUGAUUUUACAGCUAAUGAAACUUGACAUGAAACUUUUCAUCACUGAGUGUCUAAACCAGAGAUGAAACGAAGAGUUUUGUUCCUUAAAAAUGUCAGUUUCAUCAUAAGUAGACUCCAGAUGCUGGGUUUCAGGUUUUAUGUUUUCCUGAAUGAUCCUCAGAGUUUGUGGACGAUUUUUAAAAUAAUCUGAGAUGAUUUUUUAACUUGAUUUUAUUUGGGAACAAAACUCUUCAAGCUCUGUUUCCGGUCUGCAAUCAUCGAUAGGUAACAAACGUAAGUGGGUUUCUCUGCCGCUGGAGGAAGCUUCGAGAGACAACGGCGACAAAGGCCCGGCGCGCUCCGACACAGACCCCGCCAGCGACUCGCCGGACCCCACGUCACCCAAUCACACACUCCAUAAUAACAGGGCGCAUGAUAGCAGCAGGAGUAAGUCCUCUGUUCGUCUCACCUUCAGUCUCUGCUGCUGCUGCCGGUUUGGUUUUGCUGUUUGCUUUCUGACGCAUGUUUGCUCCAAACUUUGACCAUCUGUCUUUUCUCUCAGACUGAGAGCAUGAGCGAUCUCUGUUUGACUGAUUAUCACCAAAUUUAAAUCCUACACGUCUGAUCGAUUUCAUUCAGUUUUUCAAUGUUUCUAUCAACAACUGAGUGUUUGUUUCAUUGUUCUGGUUUUCAUUUCUUCAGUUGUGGAAGUGAGAGAGGAAGAGAAGCGACAGACUCGACAGAGGAGUGAUAAAUAAAAAAAUCAAACCUGAUAUUUCCUCCUUAAAACAACGUUUUUUUAAAGCAGCUUUAAGGAGUUUUCAACUGCAGAGGACGCGACACGUUUAAUGUAAAACUGAGAUAUAAAACUCCAAGUCUGACCUCAAAAUUUGAUAUUUGUAUAAAAGAUUGUCUCCUUAAAAAAGAGACAAACUUCCUCUUUUCUUUAGUUUCUUAAACUUGGUGAAAUAUUAGUUUAAUAAUUUAUCCUUUUUCUGUCAAAUCACAGUCCUACACACGAGCACGCUCUUUUAAAAUGCUGUGUAGUAAAAAAAACUGUGUGUGAAUAGUUUUGCUUUUGUACUACUGUGUUUUUAAUCUCGCUGUUGUUUCUUCUUAAUCUAGAGUGCCUCUUAUCUUCCCUUUUUGAUUGAUUUUAGUGACUUAGAAUCAGAGUUUUAGUUUAACUUUAUGGGGUAAAAGAAGAGUAGAUGAAGAUGAGUUAAAAUGCUGCAAAUUUACAGCGUUAAACUUUUGUUUUCCUCUUCAGGUUGGAGAAGAGAGCCGCGAGACAUAGGAGAUGACACCUCCAGCGUCCGGAGUGACAGCGGGAGCAUUCGUGGAGGAAUACGAGGCCGGGGGAAAGGUCGCGGGCGCGGGAGAGGUCGUGGAAGAGGUGUGGUUUUUAGUUUCACAACAUUUUUCCUCUUGUUUGCAUCCACACGCAUCUUAAAAAACAUCAUCCCUCAUCAUCUUGUUUUCUUUAUGUGCCGUUUCUUUGAUUCCUCAUGUUCCUCGGCGGUCUCGUUUUCUCUUCCAGGUCGUUAUGAAUACUCGCAGAGUUUCCGGGACUCUCAGAACUCAGACGGCUCGGUUCAGGUCCCCUCAGAGUUCGGCACCAACAUGGUUUAUUACUAUGACGACGGCAGCAAAGUCCAGAUGUACACAGUGGAUGAGAAGCUCCUGAAAGAGUACAUCAAACGACAAAUGUGAGCAUUUAUACGUCUGUCUGUCUCCUAUACUUUUAGACGAAGUUAAUGUGGGAGGGGGUGAGCAGCUCGUGGAGUAGUUAUCGUCCAUUUAUCGUUAUGGAGGUGAACUAAUCAAUAUAUUGUGAUAUUGAUUUGAGGCCAUAUCGCCCAGCCCUAUUACAGAGUUGCAGAAGUGCAUUUGAAACUCACAGCUGGAUCUGCACAAACACACACGAUCUAACCUGCUGUUUUGCAUUAAAUGCUAAACAUCGCCAUUCUGCAUCUGUAACUUCCUCUGUGGGAGACACAUCAUCCUUGUGUAGGUUACACACGGCAGACGAGGAAGAGACAGUUCCAGUCCAUAAAUCGAGUCGAAUGCUCCUGGACUUCAGAGACGUUAUAAAGCGAUGUCGUUGCAUCGGCCUCAGCUGGGUUGCAGUUGUGCAUGCGACAGACACGCACACGCGACCAAACCGCGAUAAAAAUAGAAAAUAUUGAUGAGAAAGUGUGUUUGAUGGAGGGUGGAGGAGCUGAGGAUGUGUGCUCAGGGGGUGAGGUUAGUUUACAUUCAUUCAGAGUAAAAUUAAAAACAUUAUUUGAAUAUAAGGCAGGAGGAGGAACGUGAUAGGGUGGACUAAUUAAUGCCUUUACAGCAGCACUAAAUCAGGAGCUUAAAAACACAUUUAAUACUUCAUUUUUCCUAACCCUACAAAGCUGUCGACACUUAAAAAGUUUUAAAAAAGUGGAUUUUUAACAGUUUUUCUUUCCUUAAAGCCUCUAAAAGCGUCAAACUCAUCCUCCAAAAUCCAGCAGCUGUCAGAAACGUUAAAUCUAGACCUAAAUCUAGACCUGAUCGAGCAGGUUCAAGAGUUUUAUCUGCAGCUCUUUCAUAUCUUGGGAAAAAAAAAGCCACGACUGAAAAGGUCAAGGUGGAAAACGACUUACCCAGGUGACAAACAUGUGAAGGUUGUGUCAGUGCAGAUUACAGGUGUGAAGAGAGCGAUAAGCUGCAAACAGAGCGUGCAUGUGUGGUCAGCUGAGCUCCUCCGAGUGUGUCCUGCAGGGGGCAGCGUUCGCUCUGCGUCUCUCCGACAGCUUUGGUCUCGUUGCAUCAGCAGACUCAGAAUAGUGGAGGGUGAGGUGGUCUCCCAAAUAUAGUCUGAGUGCCUCGGAGGGGACAGGGGGAUGAAUUAUUAUAUGCAGGCCUGAGCGAGGAAAUAAAAGGGGGAGGGGGGGAGACAACAGCAGGGGGGGUGGAGAGCGAGAGGAGGAAGAGAGCGGACAUGCUUGUCUUCUUCUCUCUAUUCUUCCUCUGUCAGGGUUAUUCAGGCUGCUCACUCAGCCGACGUUACUCCACAUGAAGAAAACUCGCCUGCAGACGUGUGUGUGUCUGAGUGUGUGUGUCUGAGUGUGUGUUUUUGUGUCAUGUGGUGACUUUAAGUGGUGUGACAAGUGGGGACAGAGAGUCUUUCCUACCGUGGGUUUGGUAUUUGGUGCUCCAGUCAGAAGGUUUGAUAUCAGUGAAGACUUAUAGAGUUAUAAUGAUGAUAAUCUCUCUGAUUUUAACAAACAGGGUUCGUUCAGUGAUGUGAAACCUUCCAGCUCUGAGUGUUUGUCAAUUUUAGGAUCUGGUUCAGGGUCUUUAACGAGGAUGUUAAUGACCCUCACUCUCCCCAUCAACAGCUCUCACUUUCACUUCAUCUUAACUCAUUCAGUGCCAGGUUCAGUCAUGCAAUUUUCACCUUGAUCGCAAUAAAAAUUUCCGUAUGUUUCAGGACCCACAGAAUAUCUUGUGCUCGGACUAGAAUUAAGUGCAAUAUCACACAAGAAAGGGGUGAUUCUCUUCUUUCAUUAGAAAAAAAAGUUAGUCUCUAACCCACUCCUGUGUUUAGUUAUUGCCUGCUCAAUGCAGCGUGGUCGUAUCAUCUUUGCAAUCUGAAAAUGAAACCUGAGAAAAACACAUUUUUACAAAGAAGAGACUUUCAAGCCGAACUCUGAUCGUCUAUUUCAUUUCACUUCAAACUUCUUUACCAAUUGCGUCAAGGUCCUCCCUUCUCAGAUUACCACUUCGCAUCACUCUCGACAACCCGACGCCGCGACGUAAACAACAUAAACUGCUCGCGUCCUCCUCGCCGGGACAGUCGCUAAAUUCCGGAUCUCACCAGUACCGGCGUUGGUGGCACAAUGACACGCCAUAAAAGUGUUUCUUUGAUUGUCUGCUGACAAUGUGAAGGGCUCUCCACUGGACCCAGAGACAGCAGCACCGCGCCCACAGGAGCCGAUGCGCCGAGACUGUUAGUUUCUUGGCUAAUGACUUCGGCAUUUUCCUUCUCUCCUCAUAGAGAAAAAAACACUCUACACUCCACACUCAGGCUAAUCGGCACACUUGAUGGCACACUUCUCAUUGGCGAGUACUUUUUUUUUGUUAUGACGUAUUUAUCGGCUUUUCUGCGUUCAGAAUGACCCCAAACUUAGUCGCGUGUUGGGGAGAAGCGCCCUCUGGUGGAAAACAAAAAAACUGAAAAAUCCGUCAAUGGCACUGAACGAGUUAAGCAGCUCAGAUCGAUAAGAAACAAAGUUUAGGAGCACCAGGAAGUUGCAGCUCUUUCUGCAUCAUCAGUAUGUUGUUAAACAACGGCACAAACGAUCAGGAGGAGGCAGGUGUGAGGGUCUGUGUGUGUCUGAAAAGCAGAGGGACGGAGUGAGGCUGCAGUGACCACGAGCGAGGACAGGUAUCAUUGAUAUGAGGUGUCGUUAAACUCGUGUCUCUCCUCCCUCCUUCAGCGAAUACUACUUCAGCCUCCACAACCUGGAGCGAGAUUUCUUCCUGAGGAGAAAGAUGGACGCGCAGGGCUUCCUCCCGAUUUCCCUCAUCGCCAGCUUCCACAGAGUCCAGGCUCUCACCACAGACAUCAACCUCAUCAUGGAGGUAAAAACACACUUCAGAUUUUCACAUUUAGUUCUGUGUCUUUAAUUCCCACCAUGAUAACAUCAGGAAUAAUUAUUUUGUGUUUUGGUCUCCAGGCUCUGAAAAGCAGCAAAGAGGUGGAGCUGGUGGACGACAAAGUCCGCUGUAAAUCCGACCCGGAGCGCUGGCCCAUCCCCACCCCUCCCAUCGUCGGCUCCCCGAGGACCGACUUCUCACAGCUCAUCAACUGUCCUGAAUUCGUUCCCCGUCAGUCCCUCAGCUCCACCAACUCUGGUCAGUGUUUGACUCCGACUUCGGCUUUUCUUCACAGACGACAAAGUGAAAAUAAACGGAGGAGUUUGGAGAUAUUUUACACUUUUGAUAACGAAUACAUCCCGCUAAAUACCAGAACUGUGUGUUUGUGUGAAGAGUCAAAUAUCUGCCCCAAAAACCCAACAGACCAAAAAAUGUGGAUUAAUCUACAACAAAAAAUAGUCCAAGAAAAGAAAAACGCAACAUUUGACGGAGAUUUUAUCGUGAUUGUUUGAACCAAAGCUGAACAUUUUUGAGUAAAUCUGCCAAUACAGGCGAGUUUCGGAUUUCUUAGGUGUGUUGAUAGACUCUAAAUCUCUGAUAUUUUAUUGUAGAUUAACUCCAUUUUGCCUUAAAAUCAUCAGCUGGAAGCAACAAACUCAAAUUUUUGAUUUAGAAAACCUCUUAAAUUGUAAAACUAACCUUCUAAAUCCUUCAAAUUUAAUCUUUCUUAGCAAAUAUUCACUUUUAGAAAGCUGUUACUAUUAAAAGAAAAUCAUUUCAGCUCAGAAAAUAAAGAUUAUUUUGGUUUUGUUCGUGCUGUCCUCAGGUUUUUAAGAUUUAAGAGUCGAAUGUGUCGCCAUGGUGAUAAAAACCAUCGAACAGAGUCAGACUCGGGGUUUGGGUUUUGCUCCUCAGCGUCUCUGAUGAGAGCUGACAGAGUGACGGGUGAUUUCCAAAGCCGCGUUGAAGGUCGUCUGACUCUGAUGUGUUUUGGCCUUUCAGCUUCCUCGCCCGUAGAGAAGACUCCCCCCGACUCCGCUGAGCCUCGGGACUCGUCUGAUCCCGGCUCCUCCGGCCGCCAGGAGUCUCUCCCCAACGCAGACGCCUCCAAAGACGCCCCCGUCCCCAAACCCGACCCUGACGCCUGGAUCCAGGUGGAGAAACGUCACAGACCCCCCUCUGGAAAAGUGAAGGUGCCGACAGUUUUGACCUUUCAGAAUCCAGUUUUCAUCUUUCCUCUCCUCCUCCUCCUCUUCCUCCUCCUUCGUCUGACUUUUUCCAUUUUUCUCAUUUCAUCUUCACCUCCUCCACCUCCUGCAUCCCUCUGUCGUCUCCUCCCGCUCCUCUCUCCUCCACCUUUGCGCUGACAGCACGACACCGAUGACGUGUGUGUUGUCAGCUCCUCUCCUCCCUCGCCGCUCCAGCCCGACCUCCUCCCCUCUGCAGUUGAGUACUCCCUGUUCUCGCUCUUUCCUCACCUUCAGCUGCUUUUGUUUCUGCUUCUCAUCAUUUAUUUACCGUCUAACCUGAAUCUUUUCUCAUGUGACUUUUUUAUUUGCUCAACCCCGUUUGUUUUAUUAUUGUCGCUCAUAUUCAUCUUUUAACUAUUAUCUGACUGAAUCUCUACAUAUAUCCCUGCAAAGUUAUUUCUGCCUCAUGUAAAUCUCACAGUUUGAGGCGAUAAGUGAAAAAUUCUCACAUGAAAAAUUUAUUUUUUAAACUUUUUUUCUGAUUUAUAUCCAACUAAAUUUUUUUGUUUUGUUAUGUUUUUAUUGGCAUUUUCAGUUUGAACAUAAACAAAUCACGUUAAAUAAAUGAACAUAAUAAAUUCCCCCAGUCCCUCCCUUACCACCCAAUGUUCCCAGAUCCGCUAAAAGGAGUAUAAAGUGAGAAAAAAAGUAGUAAUAAUAAUAAUAAGGAUAAUAAUAAAGAUAAAUUACACUGUAAGUUACCCUGAACAUACAAUGUAAAGAAAGAUUAUUGCUUAAAAAACAGGGUCCAGAUAUAGAAACACAAAUUAAAUUGAAAUAAUGGGGAAGAAAAUAAAAUUUAAAAAUAAAUAAUUAAUAAAAAGAAACAAACAAAUAAAAUAAAACGCAAUAUUUAAGAUCUACACUGUUCACUAAAUGUGUAGGUUUAAGUACACAUAGAUUUAAGUACACUCAUCCUAUGUUAAAUGCAGCGAGGGCUGUAGCCAGGUCGGUUCAGGGAGAAUCCCCAAAUUAAAGUGUUUUAAUGUAUUUCUAUAUCUUUUUAAACAUGGGGUGUAGGGGUGGGCGAUAUGGCUCAAAUUAUAUCAACUUUUUUUUAAAAGGCAGAAUUUAAAUCUCUGUUUUAUUAUUCUGUUUCGAAACUAUUUUGCAUGUUAUUGAGCAGAACAAUCAAUUCAAUUUCACUCUUAAGCCAUAUCCACUUUUUGCAGGAUUUUAUCUGUGUGUGAAUCAGAGCCGCUGAUAGAAACACUCAGAUUUAAACCAUCCAAAAUUAGGGCUGGGCGAUAUGGCCUAAAAUCAAUGUCACGAUAUAUUGAUCAGUUCACCUUGAUAACGAUAAAUAGAUGAUAACUACUCCACAAGCUGCUCACCCACUCACACAUUAACUUUGUCUAAUUCAGACGCUACAACUUUUGAACCGUCCUCCAUCUCCUCACCUGUCUUUACCUCGUCUCUGAUGUAGGACAGCGUCUUAAAGGGACAUGAGACCAUAACCUACCUACACACAUCCAAAACCAACUUUUAUUUAUUUAUUUACUUUUUUGACACUGAAUAUACCGAUAUGGGCAAAAUGAUGUUGGUUAUUGUCAUAAAUUUCAGUAGCUUUAAAUUUUCGUUUUAUCGCCCAGCCCUAAUCCAAUUGUCUGUCCUUAAACUAAUUAUUAAACUUUUUAUAUGAUCAUUAGCCAAGAGAAAAUCUGCACUGACACGUGUUUAUUGUUUAUUAUUUUACGUAUAUAACAGGCUAAUUUUAACUCUUUUAAGUGACAGGAAAAAAAAAUUGAGUUUUCUUCACUGUUUCAUUGCUUCAUUGUUUAUUUUCUACUUUAAAAACCAACACAUGUGUGGGCCAGAGCCGUCCUGCCAACAGAUAUUUAACUUAACAGCCUCCGAACCAGCUUUUUGAGACUGUCAUGACUGUAAUUUUGAGAUUCACUCAUGCAUAUCAAUCUGCAGCUGUCUCCAGUCUUUGCAGAGAAGUUUCAGUUCCCCUAUCAUCAAGUUGUCCUGCACCACUUUUUUCACAUGUAUCUCAAUCAGUGUACCUCUGAUUUAUUCGGCUUUUUGUAUUCAGGACAUUUAGGCCGAUGUAAUCUUGAUCUGCAGGUCGAACACGUCAGAUACCGUCGGAAAACUUUAACCAAAAUCACUCUCUCUGCAGCUCAGUUAUGUUGUGAAGUUUCAUUUUUUGAGAAGUUGUGACUCCUGAGGAACACUUUAAGUCUCACAUCAGAGCUUAAAUGACAGAUUGAAAUAUUUAGUUUUCUUCUUAAUUUUAAUUUUUAAUAAAUUUCUCAUUUUAAAAUCGGUUUUUUUAAGUAUUGGGACAAAUUUUCAAAUGUGUAAUACUCUUCGACAGAGUACGUCUGAGGUGUAAAAUUUCAGACUCUUCCUUUAAACGUCACAUCCUCCCUGCUCUCCACGGUGUCAUUGUCCUCUUGUGUCUUCCUCUGAUAACCACCGUGUGUCUCCCACUCAGGAGCGCAGUGACAUGUCCCCACGCAGCCACCAGACUCCUCCCACCCAAACUGAGCCCGACCAGGAGGAGCUGGACUUCCUGUUCGAUGAAGAAAUGGAGCAGAUGGCGCCGAGGAAAAACAAGUUCACCGACUGGUCAGACGAAGACGACUCGGACUACGAGCUGGACGACCAGGACGUCAACAAAAUCUUGAUCGUCACACAGACGCCUCCUUACAUUCGCAAGCACCCCGGCGGAGACCGGACGGGGAACCACGAGUCCCGAGCGAAGAUCACCACCGACCUGGCCAAAGCCAUCAACGACGGGCUGUACUACUACGAGCAGGACCUGUGGAAGGGCGAGGAGCCGACCGAGUGCAGCAAGGUAAGAAAAAGAAAACAGAAUUAGGACGGUCAACUUUUUAUUCUAGUUUAAAAUCAGUGAGUAAGUGUGACAACGCAACACAGGCUCCGCCCUCAAAUUCAAGAAUUUGACCUUUAAUCCAGUGCCAACAGAUCAUCCCACGUCAGAUUGACAGGUUUAAAUAUCAGACCACCUCCAGGAACCGAACGAACAUGUCAGAGCAGGCGAGUCUGAGGGGAGCGAGUUUAUCUGCAACAUCUGCAACAAGUCGUGUCUGAGCAGGACGAGUCGGUCGUAGGAGAGGAAGCGUGAAACGGGGCCGAACAGUUCAGUCAAAGAAGAAAUCUGCGUCCAAAAAAAAGUUGUAGAAAUGGACACGGAUUUAAUCUUUGUGCAGAACUUACACAUAAGUUCACAUAAUAAUAAGAAUAAGAAUAAUAAACUUUAUUUGUGUAGCACCUUUCUAGAACAGUUGUCACAAAGUGCUUCAUGGUCUUCAAAUUAAAAAUGGUGAGACAAAAAGACAGACAUCAACAAAAAGUACACUAGUAAGUUUAAACGAAUGGGUUUUCAACCACUUUUACAAAGUAUCCACAGUGUCCACAGAUCUUAGUUUUCGAGGGAGAGUGCUCCAAAGUUUCAGAGCAAAAAAAAUAAAACAGAAGAAGAAGAAUUUACUGUCAGAUUUUUGUCCUCAUUUCUGGACUAAAAGCAAAAGUUUUCAUAGGAGAAAAUCUGAGGUUCGUUUUACCGUCUUUUAGCGGUCUGUAAAUCUGUAUUGUCACAUCUUGAGUGUUAAUCUCUGGAUGUUUUAUAUGUUGUUCAGCUCCAGUCACUGUGCCAGCAGGUCAGCAGGAUUACCGAGUUAAAAAGAGGAGCGCUGAACAUAAACAGACGUACACGGCAAACUGACACCCUGAGGAGUUUGAGUCGUUUAGGCCUCGUUUAUACGUACCUGGUUAUUUUUAAAAACAGAGGCAUUAAUCAUCAUUUGCAUCCUUUGUUUAGACGCAAACGGGGAAUUCGCCCCUGAAAACGAUACUUUUUAAAAACUCCGGCCAGAGUGAAGAUUUCGGAAAACUCCGCUUGCGUGUAAACAGAGAAAAACAGACAUUUUGGUAGCUGACGGCAGAUUGUGCGCCUAAAAGAAGGAAGUGAUGUUGUUGUUGUUGCUGCUGCUGCUAUAUACACGGGUUAAAGAAAACUUUCCUGAAAAUGUCGUGGUGUGCACGCAGUUUACUUUUCAUAAACAGAGAGGGUGAAAUGUCCGUUUAUGAAAAUAGCUGGGCAUGUGUAAAUGUAGUCUAAGUUUGUCCUGCACCAACGUCUUUAUUUUUACUCUGAAUUUUAAGUCUCGGUGAAGUUUGGAAAGAUGCUCCAAAUUUUUACUUUUACUGCAGCUGAGGAGGGACAGGAAAGAGAUGAUCUCCUUAAAGGGGUUUGUAGAUUCUUGUCGUGUCUUUAUUCUAAAUUGAUAACAGAUCCUGAUCACCUGAUCUUAAACAAGGCCUCAUCAGACCAUCAUGGCGAGAGGCUUGACAUUUGAUCCCGCUCCUGAAACUAGGUCAGACAUCCACUUGACUGUUGAACUCUCAAAGCCCCCUAAACGCCUGUCAUCACUUCCGAUCACAAAUACAUUUUUAUCAGGACAAACACCGACUCCGCACACCCGGGGUGUUUGAUGCAGUUUGAGGGUUUCGGUAGCACCGCCGGCGUUCCGAACACUUUGACAGAAAGACGUUUGGACAGAUCUGUGAAGUCUCAAAGUGUCGGGAGGGGAGGGGGACAAAAAUAAACCACAGUUUAUCGCCUACUAUACGAGCCUCCGGACUGCAUGUGUGUCGCACAGCUGCUGCCAGACGGGAGAGUGACCUGUUUUCUGGAAAAGCUGCCUCGUCUGUGGAAACACGAUGAAGAAACGCCAUAGUUACACGGGGGUUAUGUCAUCUUUUGGAAGUUUUGUAACUCGGCUUUACACUUUUAUUCUUCAGGACUCGGUAACAGGACACACUCACACUUAAAUUAAACUGAAUAAGACGAACAGGUGCACCUUCAGCCUCGUCUCCACGUGCGCCUCAAAAACCUGAUGAUGUGCCGCCGACUUAUUUUGACACCUGAGAGAAUUUGUCCAGGUGACCCAGCUCUCCUGUUUGUUCUUCUGAACACACACGCCCCCUGAGCGAUUACUUCAGAGUAAACACACAAAUCAAACACAUGAAGACUUUUAUUUGAUAUCAAGUUGCAGAAGCAGUAAAAUCAAACGUCUGGAUUAAAUCUUCAGUCUUUGUUUUCUAAUUUAACACGUCUGCGGGUUGUGCAACAACUUAUUUCGGUCAAAAAAGUGAAACUACAGCACAUUUAAAACAGCAUUUCAUCCAACAACGGUUAUGAAACAGACUUAAGGGAAUAAGAGGGAAUCAUUUCUACACAGCGACUUAUUUAAUCUCAAAUCGAAAUGUUAGUUUUCAUAUUUGUGAUGAAAGAAUGAAUUGAACUAUUGGGUUUAAAGCAUCUAUUUAGUUUUUUUCUAUUUUUAUUGUUUAUUUUGUGCUGAUGUUGGAGAGGUGAAGAGCUGGAAAUGGGGAAAAAGAGAGAGAGAGACGGGGAUGUGACAGGCUGGAGUCAAACCUGGACCAUGUGGCUUCAUUCAGAGUCUUUGUAUAUUCUUUCUUUAUUUAUCUCAAACUUUAAGAACAACAACAACAACAAAAAACAACAACUAGAAACAAAAACACUGAACAAAAUAAAACAUACAUACACCAAACAACUGCACAUGUCAAAGAUUAAUUUACACUAACAUAUGUUUGUCAAAAUAAACAGUUUGAGAAGGAACAGAGUGAAGCAAAGAGCUGAUCUAGUCCUGCUCCUUCCUUACAAAUCAGAGCCAAUAAUGAAUGGACAGAAAAUGUAAUCGUAUAAAUUACAUAGAUCUGUAUAAAUACUUACAUAUUAUGCACAAAGGUAUCUGAUCAAUGAUAUAUUUUGUCUGAUGUGACAAAAUAUAUUGUGAUCAUUUUUUUUGCUAAAUCGCCCAGGACCACUGGGGAGUGACCGUCUAUCAUCUUAAUUUUCUCUCACGGUUAUUGUUAUUAUUCUGGUUUCCUUCAUUUCUUAUAUCGUCAGAUCAGCGGUGCUUUAAACAUGAACAGACACGUAAAAUAAAUCACAACAGUAGAAUCAGUUUCAUGCAGUUAUGGGUGAAAAUCUGCAGGAUUGACUUGAAUCUGAACCUCCUGUCCUGAGAGGACACAUCGAUCAAACUCACAGCUUCAGAUUAACGAUCGAUCAAAUAAAACUCUUUAUUUUCUCUGCUGACGGCGAGUUUUCAGCUCAAAGGUUGUUGUGUCUCUACAUGUGGGAAAUGUCACGCCUGAAUACACACACACACACACACACACACACACAGAGACCAAGGUCACCUGGAUUUCUCUCUUUUCUUCACGCUGACGUGUUCAGUUCAAAGUACGCCGCACAUCUGCUGAGUGUCACAGGCUCUCAUGGCUGCUGCAGCCGCUGGCGUAUCGAGUCUUAUUUACCACCAUGACACCUUCAUGUUAUCAGUUUAAACAGCCUGAUACUCAAAAACAGAGGCUGCAGAGUUAAAAAGUCACAGCGCAGGAUCACAUUUGUUUUUAAUAUUUGAUAUAAAGUCUUUCUAAAGUUUUUCUGCACAUAAAACAACAAAAUGAACCAAAAUAAAGUCUCUAUAAAACUCCAGGUGAACUUUGUUAGACCUUCUGACUGUAUUUUAACCGUCUGUGUGUUUCUGUGUUUCUCAGCAGGAAGUGGAAAACUUCAAAAAGCUGAACAUGAUCAGUCAAGAUGAGUUCGACACCCUCACCCCCAAAACGCCCGUCGACACGAACCAGGAAGUCCCUCCUCCUCCUAUGACAGGUGGGUCUGUUAAGCAGAGUGGCUCUCUUAUUGGUUAUAACACUAACGCAUCUUCAUGUGUGAUGGCGAGCUCGUUAAGACAGUACUAAUCGCUCUAAGGGUCUGAUGUUCGUGGAUGUAAAGUUACAAAAUCAAGCGUUCUUCUUUUUUUCAGUGGACAGCGGCGCAGAGUUGGCUCGCUCUCUCCCUACAACGGUCCCAGAGUCGCCCCGCUCCCACCAACCCAGAACGCCAAGAACGCCCCGCACCCCGGGACGCCAAGACCCCAACAAGACGCCACGCUUCUACCCUGUCAUGAAGGAGAGCGUCAACAUUGACGGACAGGUGAGAUCAGAGCUGGGACACAAAACAAAAACAAAAACAACAUCAUGAGUUUGAGAAAAUCAGCUCUAAUUCUCACAGCUGGUGUUUUUUCACCGUUUCUGUGUUUGAGUUUGAACCACAAAGGAUCACUUCCUGAGUCUCACCUGUUUUGCAUCUGUGUUUACUUUGUUAAAGGUUCACACAGAAUAUGCAAACACUCCUUUGUUUUACAUACUUUGUGUUUGAAUGGAGUUUAAAGGUCUCGAUUAAAAGAAAGAAUCACCUCAAACAUUUUUUUAUCUUCAGGAAAAGUUUGAUUAUCUUGUAUUUGUCUAAGUGAUGACGGUGCGAUAAACGCAGCUCCGCGGUGAUGGAUGACUCCCAUCCUGGUCAUGAAUUAAAUCGAUCUGUUGAAACGAUCUCUCUCACCCUCAGAUGCCGAGGAAGAAGAAAACCAGCCACAGUUCAAACCCUCCUCAGGAAGCCCACAUCGGCUGGGUGAUGGAUUCCCGGGAACACCGGCCGCGCUCGGCCUCCAUCAGGUCCGACUGAUCGCUUUAUAUCAGAGCAGAUUAGAGAGUCAGAGGCUAUCCAUCUACUUUAGCAUGUCGUUGAAUAUUAUAAACUUUAUUUAUUCACUUCUUCCAACAAAGACCCACUCUUUUAGGUCAGGAUGAGGUCGUAUAUCAUCUGUUUUUUUGUGGGUGUGUUCAUGUUGAAAAUAAAGAAAUAAGGGCGGUUUGUUUUGUCCACAUGUGCAAACUGCAAACAGAAGAGAAGAUGAGAGCAUGCAGGUUUAAGGAAAUUUGAGAUAAACGGUUUAUUUAUUAGACAUAAAACACUGGAGUUAAUGUCGUUUGCAGCGACUUUUUCUUUACUUUGACAAAAAUCACCUUUUAAAACCUUCUCAUCGUGAAGAAUUCUGCUCCUGAAGACGAGCUCAUAUCUGCAUUUCUCUUCUGCGCUGUGCACACUUUAAAAAAACACACACAGUUAGUGAAACCAAACUGAAUCUGACAAAUAUUAACAGAUGAAAACUGUCGCACAACAACAACUUUCUUAUUACCCGAAGCAUUAAAAACAAAAGUUCCUGUUGCUUUAAAACUUUGUAGAUAAACGUCAAACUUGAACGUCUUCUUUGCUUUCUUCAUGCAGCAGCUCCAACGCCUCUCCGUCAGAAGGAGCCCCGCUGACAGGAAGUUACGGCUGCACCCCCCAGUCUCUGCCCAAAUUCUGGCAUCCAUCCCACGAGCUGCUGAGAGACAACGGCUUCACCCAGCAGGGAUACCACAAGUACCGCCGACGGUGCCUGAACGGUGAGCUCGUUUGUUCUGAGCCUGAUGCUGUAAUUUUACAAAACGAGCGCUCAUUAUCAGGUUACGAGAGAUUACGAGGAUAAUCUUCUGAUUUCAAACUGCAUCUUCCACAGAGAGGAAACGGUUGGGGGUCGGCCAGUCCCAGGAGAUGAACACUCUGUUCAGGUUCUGGUCCUUCUUCCUGAGGGACAACUUCAACAGGAAGAUGUACGAGGAGUUCAAACAGUACUCGCUGGAAGACGCCAAAGAAAACAACAGGUGAGGAGGAGGACGAUAUGAGGGCUGCCAAUAUUCCAUCGAUUAAUCGAGUGAUCAGGAUAAUUCAGGAUAUUUGCCCCGUUUAUACUACAGGGUGAUACAGAGAGAUAAAAUUACCUUGAAAAUUCAUAUUUAGAGGUGAAAACUCCUAAAAAGUUUGAGUUUACAUCACAGACUCACAGCAGGAUGAUAGUACCAUGAGGUCAGGUUAUAAAAUCGUAGAAAAAGGCCGAUAUUUUCACACAUUUCAUUCGACCACACAUGAUUUUUUAGGUUUAAGUAUUUUACACAUUAAUGAUACGUCUGCGGUCUGUUUCCAGUAUUUAAAGUCACUCUCAUGCAGCCAACGUGUGUAAGCUGUCACUGCAUGUAUAUAAUUAAUGAAUCACCGUUUCCUGCAGGUAAUUCUAACGACAGGUCUGCUGGUGCCGAUAAUUAACCUUUAAGCAGACGUCAUGAUGAUAAUAAUUAACUCUCAAACAGUUACCCUGGUAAAUGCAGAGCUCCUGUAUACUGUGAUAUGAAAUAUUGAACAUUAUUAUGAUUGAAUCAAGUAAAAAUUAUUCAUUUAUCUAGAGUGACCAUACUCUGAAUCCCCAAAAAGAGGACACGACCACGCGGGGGUGGAGUCACAGAGUCUUGUGUUGUAAUUUUGAGGGUUUUUCAGGUCGAAUCGAGUGUUUUUUACGUGCUUUUAACUCAGUAAGUCCACACGACACAAACUCAAAACUUCCAUUUAAGACCCCGGACAUUUUAAGGAUUUUAUAAACUCCCCUAAAGAUUUGCACAAGUCCUGUCACAGUAUUUGGGUGUUAAGUCAUUUCUUUUAUGCAUGCAAAGCUCCAAGAGUUGCAUGGAGACAUUAUCUGCCUCUUUUGUUGAAAUUCGAUGAAGAACAGUCAUGUGUCCUAAAAUGUGAAUCCCAAAGAUGGACAAAAUCAUGUAAAAUAAGCAGCUAAAGAGUCGAAAUUCAAAGUGAAAUGAAGACUUUGGCUCACUGCCUCCCUGUAAGUGAAGAAAUCCUCCAGUUGACUCAACUUUACACACAGCUCCCUGAAGUUAAAGUGGUUAACUCUUUAGUUCCUGGUCCUGCGCUCAUGCCUGCAGGCUGCAGAGGUGUCUGCCUCGUUACUGGACAGCGGAGGGUUAACAGGGGUGGCUGCUUCGCUCUUACAUUGUUGCAUAUCUGCCAGGAGCAGCCACCUUCCUCACCUGCCAAGCUCCACAUACUUGUGGGAUAAGUAGGCAGCUCAGCCCUGAGUGCUGAAGUGGGACAGAGUGAAGUUUCAGGGUGUGUGUGUGUGAGCAGACAACCGAACGAGCCCAUCAGCUGUUUAUGCAGCAGCUGACUUCCAGAAAGGAACCGGUGGACUCGUCCGUCUGGUUCCUCCGCCAGCUUUAUUACAGCCAUCAAUAAUCCGAGAGACAAAGCUCUUAUUGUGAAGUGCACAUGUGGGAACGUCUUUACAGUGAAUCAGUGUGUCUCUGAAUGUGCUCUCUGUCUAAACAUAACUCCAGACACAAGCCGGGUGUUAAGUGGGGUCAAAGGUCAGACUGCCUGCAGGUUAAUGUUUGUCUCCCCCCCCUCAGGUACGGACUGGAGUGUCUCUUCAGAUACUACAGCUACGGUUUGGAGAAGAGAUUCAGGUUAGAUCUGUUCAAGGACUUCCAGGAGGAGACCAUCAGAGACUUUGAGAAAGGUAAAUAUCAACAGCUGUCCGGACCUCACCUGACACUCUCACUGUGGAUUUUCAAAAUAAAAGCACAGAACGGGUCAGUCCUGAACUGUGAUGACAGUUUUCACACUGUUCUGGGUUUGCACCAACUACAUGAUGAUGAAAAGUCCAUCUCUGAAUAUUUCCUGCUGCAUUUUCAUCAGUUUACUAAACUUUAUUUUGCAAAAUUUACGUUUAAGGCUGGCAGAAAAAUCACAUAUGUAGACGAGGUGAAAGGAUUUAAUUUUUUUGCAUCUACGUGCAGCCUAACCUGAAAAUUCUGGAGGGUUUCCUGCACAUCUUGAGCCUUAGAUUCACACAGAGGCGAGCUAUAGAAAGCAGCACAUCUGGAACUUAAAGGUAUCCCCAACAGAAUAAAAAUAAGGUUUUAUGCAAAAAGACAAAAAAAAGUCACAGUCACAGGUUAAAAUCACUCAUGUAAAAAAAACAACUAAAUCCACACCUCAGAGACUCAGAAUUUUCAGUCCUUGAGGAUUUAGACACUUCAGACUGGAACCAAAUAACCCUGAAAGCCCUUCUGGACUUUAAUUCUCCUUUUAAUCUUCCUUCAGGAGUGUUUAGACUCUUCCUCUGUGGUAUCGUUUAAAGGUUUUCACUUCUCAUGUCUGCUGUUGAUGGUUUAGGGGCGUUGAUAGUGCUGUCAUGAAGUGACAUUUACCCUUUUAUUUUCAUUUUUCACAACUUUUCCUGCUAAAAUCAAAGACUCAAACAGACGUUCUCUCACUGUGUGUAAUCUAAGAAGUUUAAAAGUUGUACAACGGAGCGGCAGCACCUCCUGAUCAUGAUGCAUGAUGUAGAUUUAAUCAGAGUAUUUAUUGGCAGCGGUGUCUUUGUGAACAGCUACAGUUAGAGGUGUGUUACCAUGCGUGGAUUUAUUGUGCAUUCAGCCGACUGAUAUAAAUAAUCGAUGUCAUAAUGUGAGACCCGUGAACCUGCUCGACCCCGGUUUAAAAGUUCACGUAGCUCAGGCUUAACCCUCUUAAUCUGGAUGUGUUGUUGCGUGAAAAGGGAGAAAAAAAUGGGAUUAAAUUCGAUUCCUCCACUUAUUUCAACACCGAGUGACCCGGUGAGGCUGAACAGAGGACUCUCAGUGAACUCUUCAGCCGCUUACUUCCAGCUGAGUAGUUUUAUGUCGCUGUAAUGUUUCAGACCGGAGGCCGAUCUGUCAGAGAGAUGUGGCGCUACGGCAACAAAUGUAUGCCUGUCAUAAUAAGUCAUAACCAGCUAUGAAAGCAGAAGGCAGUGAUUUAUUUGGCUUUGUGUGAGAGCGCUCUGAUCGUACUGCAGUGUGAGAAAAUAGUCGUAUCAGGUAGAUAAGACCUUUCUAAGGCCUCCAAUCAGCUCAUCUCUCUGUUGAAGACAGUCGGUGUAAUCCAGAUUAGGUAAACCUGAAUUAAUCCUUCAAUGGAGAAGCUCAGAUGUUGUAGCACAGUGAUAGAAAUGUUAGCUAACUAAAUGACUGUUUGAUUGUGGAGUUUUGGAGGCGAUCAGCAGCGGCCGCCAUAUUAGUAAAGCUGACUCAACCUUCCGGAGGCGGGGCUUCAGCCUCUUUGCCUGUCAGUCAAAACCACUUUUUGAACCAGGCUGCACUUCUGCUCUAAAAUGUUUUUUUUUUUUUUCAAUGAGUGUGUGUGUGGUUUUCGGUGCUUCUGCAGCCAGCCUCUAGUGGACACUCAGGGAACUGCAGCUUUAAGAACUUUUCACAUUAGCUUCAUUUCUCAAGAUGGGAGGAUGCUGCUCAGUCCUGAAUCCAGUUUUCACAUUAAUGCUGUUAUGUAACUGACGGGGUCUGUAGUUGGUGGAGCUAAGUGGGCCGUACUAAUACAGAACAUUUACAUUAACAUUCACAUAUUCCAUCUUACCCUUCGUUUACUACGUGAACACCAAGCCUUUACUUUACGCGACUUUAUGACACGACUUAGCAAGUUCCCUUUAAAGUCAGUGUGAUGAUAAUGAGAGAAAGUGUAUUUGAGAAACUUUCAGUUCAUAGUUUGGGCUUGUUCCAUGACCCAUACUGCAGCCAUCCAGUAGGGGGGGCUCUCAUGCUUUUGCAUUCAUGGUCAUUUAAUUAUUUAGUUUGUUUUAUAUUGAAUUUCUCCUCAUUUUUUUCUUUGUAAUCCAAUUUUUAUCCCUUAAGAUUCUACUUCCACACAUGUCGAACAACAUCGCCUUAUUUUGUUUGUGUUCUGUCAGCUGUCUGCCUGUUGGGCUUGUUUUUGUUUGCCUUUUGUUUUUGUGUAUCUGUUGUGUAACUAGUUUGUCGUGUUACUUCAGCAGCAUGAAAAGAGAAGUCGAGUUUAGACAAGUUUGUGUUUGAUUUGUUUCUCCUUUUGUAUCAGUUUAAACUUUAUUCCUGAUACAAACAGGAACAUUUGGACGUUUGGUAUCUGUUUAAUAAUCUCCACCCCCUCUCUUACAGGUCAGCUGUACGGGUUGGAGAAGUUCUGGGCCUUCUUGAAAUAUUCAAAGAUAAAGAACCAGCCUAUUGACCCAAAACUGCAGGAAUACCUCUCCCAGUUCAAGACCCUGGAGGACUUCAGGGUGGUGGUGAGUGUUCACGUCUGAUAAGCGAGCAAGAAAUGUGAGAGCGGUACAAAGGGACAGAUAUCUGCAUGAACUGGCAUGUACCUCAAACGUCUUUUUGCUGAAAUGAAACUAAAACAUGUUUGUUCUCCUCGUUCGAGUCCUUUCUUGUGCAGUAAACUAAGAAACCAACAUUAAAACAUUUCUCAAACAUCAAACACAUUUUAAAAUUUCCACUUCUAAGUCGUUUAUGCUUCAAACUUUCCUAAAUUUUGACCCCUGUGUUCACAGCCCCCGAUGGGAGAGGAAGGAGGCAGGAGGAGACGCCACUCAUCCUCGGCCGGGGAUGACGGGAGGCGUCGUCGACAUCCUUCCAACACUACCUCAAAGCCAGCGCAGGCCUCUAAACCCUCCAACGCUGCAGCUCAACCCGCCGCCGCUCAGAAUGCACCCAAAGACAACGCCCAGAAAACAGCCGCCAACCAGGGGAAGAAGUCCGAUCAUGGCGCCGGGAAGAAGGAAAGCGCUGCGCCAAAUAAAUGAAGCUCCCCUCCUGACGGCGUGGGUUUGGAUAGCAGAGGCGCAGAGCGAGACGGCUGCAGCGGCGGCUGCGGCUCAGCGUUUGCUCUUUUUCGGCGGCAAACCGUUUGGGUAUGAAGAGAAACUGAGCGUGGUUGACUUAAUUUGAUCGUUUUUAUCAGUGCAUUUCAUUUUUAAAAAAAGCAAGCAAGUACGUUAGCAUAGGCAGAGAGCUUGAAUGUGCGCGCCUCACAGCUCAUAACGUUUACAAAAACAAAAAACAACAAAAAAAUGCAUUCCCUGCAUUUUGCCUUUACUUUCUCUUCUCAAGAUGCCAAAACUCUUCAAGGGGAUUGUUGAUCUCCUCGUCUGUAACCAGCUCUGGUCUGUAAAAGAGCUCUCCGCCUGUUGAACUGUGAUUCUAGUUUGCCAAGAUAAGAGAUACUGCAGGUAGUCUUGUGUGCCUUAAUCUGAUUCAGUAAGAGGAAAAAAGGGCGAUCAGCUGCAAAAAAAAACAAAAACAACAAAAAAAAAAUUCACGUUUAGCUUUGAAAGUCUUCCAAGUUGAGUUUUUUGGGGGUUUUAAACCGAUGAAACUUUCAGAUUUUCUCUCCUUCAGAUUGAAACGUUUAUUUUUCAGUGACAAUCAAUGACAGCUACAAAAUUUGUGAAGGACUGACCCCCCCGACCCACCCCUUCCUGAGGCCGCUGAGCCGAACCAAACGUGCCCUGAAGGCAUCACAGCGUAACUGCGCUGUUUUUGGUUUUUAAUUCAACCUGCAGAAUUACACACGACUUGACCUGGGGAGCUUUAAGUCCCGUUUUUACACCCAGAGGUAGAAUAAUUUAUUUUGUUUUUCCAUUUACUUGAUUUGAUGGAAUAGUCUUAGAUAAUCAUUGCAGUUUUUUUAAUGGCUUUUGCUAUUGAAUAUGAUGAAUUUUAAAAAAAAAAGGAAAUGUUUCUGCUGGAAUUAUGGGUGUGAGCUAGCAUCAUAAUACUACAUUUUAUUUUAGCUUGAAGUUUACUUCAUAUUAUAUUUGAGGCUUGGUGCUUUUAGAGCACUUAAAUCGUUAACUUUCCUUUACUUUAUAAAUGGACUUAAAGUGGUUUCAGAGUUGAAUUUAAAAGAAAAAAAUGUAAAUACUAUAAAAAAUCAUUUGCUAUUCAGUUAUUCUUUGAUUUUAAGAAAUGAUUUGUUUUAUCGGUAGUGUGGUUUUGAGUGUGUUUUAGGACAAAGCAAUGCAUGUUAAUGCCAGAGUCUUGAAUUGUAAAAUGCAAAAAAAUAUAAAAUAACACUUGAUUGUAUGAA